UAGUUGUUCGAUUCCCAAAAAAAUUCAACGGGCAAAAGUAGCAUGCUGCAUGUGCACGUACAAAAUGUUUAAUAAAUUAGAAUUUAACAAUUUGGUCAUUACCAACAAGAAACAUAUACAACAAGCGCGUGCCCAAACCAUUGCAAGGGUCGUGAAUAAAUUGCGCAAAUUGAAGGAUGAACUGAAGAGGAAACCGGAAAGUGAAAAACAUCAGGAACGAUUACGCAAAAGCGUCGAGUGUACUGAGCUUAAGUCGCUCAAAUACAUGGACAUUAUGCGUACGCUGCUGCUGCAAAUGGGAAAAAAAUCACAAGGCGUGCUGACCAAUGGUCGGGCAACGCCGGAUGAAGUAGCUAUUGCCAUGUUGGGGCUAAACAAAAUCAUGCAAAUGCUGGUGCAGGCAUUUCAACAAGCCUUGGAUCUUGGUAAUAAAGCCAAUGACGACUGGCGUACUGCAAUAUUGGAGACAAGCAAGCGUCGCCUCAAAUUGGAACGAACCGAGGAAAAGCGGCGUAAACGUAAAGAGCUCAAAGAACAGAAAGCGCAGACACAGAAUCGUAUGAUCUGGUUGCAACAAAAUCAACCACCUGGCGAAGGCAAAUGCGAGCAAAGUGUCAUAAAUACAGCAGCUGGCGAAUGCCAGAUAGAAUGUCCGCUAACUCCGAAUCUUAAAGGCAAUGUGAACAUCAAGGAAAUUCAAGAUAACGCAACGUCCACAUCUUCAGCAGAUUUAUUGGAGGCAACUAAACAGAAAAGGCCCAAAUGCAAUGAGAAUCUACAGAAAGUACAAGAAAAGUCAAAGAAACGAAAAGCUGGGCAACCUGAAAUCGGAGAAGGAAAUAGGAUAGAAGAAAAUUCUCCGCAGUUUAAGGAAAUGGUUGUUAAUCCCAAACGCAAGAAAAUCAAGGAGGUGGGAAAUAAACCGAAGCAGAAGAGAAUCAAUGUAGAAAAUAAAACACAGCGUGAGAAAGCAGGCGCCAUUCCCAAUCUUAAAGAAAAGCAGGAAGUAGAAAACAAACCGCUGCCCGAGAAAGCUGAGGUCAACCGCAAACGCAAGACGGCCAAGGAACCAGAAAAAGAACGACCCACCCAUGUCGUCGAUCCCUUUUUCAUUACAGAAUCGGGACAACCAUAUCUAUCAACUGCAGUUGUUUUAUCCGGUGAUAGCCAUAAUGAAUCGGAUGAUGAUCAACAUGUGGAGCAAAGAAAACGCAAACCUCUGGCCAAAAAGCAGGAAUAUAACAGUUCACGUUCCAAUGAACGCCAUAACUAUGACCGUCCCAAUGAACGCCACAACUAUGAAAGUUCCAAUGAACGCCACCCAUCGUGGAUGGCCAAGCAGCAGCAAAAGCCGAUAGCCAACUAUAAGGGCAAGAAAACCAAGUUUAAUGACGAUGACAGUGUUGCGGAAUAUCAACUGCUCCAGUUGCACAACCAUCUCCCACCGAUGGUGAAGCGGGUGCAGCCGGCAUGCAUCCGUCUUGGUUAG